AUGGCUCUCAAUCACAGAAGUCUUCUGCUUGGAGAUCUAAAGGGCCCCGACAAAAAAGACGAUAAGGCGCCCAAAUUACCCUGUCCUGGCUGCAACCUAAACCUCUCAACGCAUCUCCCAAUACCCAAAAGCAAGCACAUCUCGUCUACCUUAAUCCUCACCAUCUGCUUUCUUUUUCUCUUUUUCUUUCUCUCCCUCGUCUAUUUCGCCAUCCGCAGGCGCCGAUCGAGGCGGAGGAGGAGGAGGAGCUCGGCCGCUCCCCCGCCGGCCGGCGGGGACGACCUCCUGAUCGACGAGCUCGAACGUGAGCCCGGCCCGGUCGACCAUCACGUGUGGCAUAUACGAACCGUGGGCCUGCCUGACUCGGUCAUAGACUCGAUUGCCGUGUUUAAGUACAAAAGGGGGGAGAAUCUGACCGCGGGCAGCGAUUGUCCCGUGUGCCUGAGCGAGUUUGAGGAGGACGAGACGCUGAGGCUGCUGCCCAAGUGUAGCCACGCCUUCCACUUGCCGUGCAUCGACUCGUGGCUCAGGGCCCACACCAACUGCCCUGUUUGCCGGGCUCCGAUAGUGAAGAUGGGCGGCGGGCUUGUUGGUGGUGAUGGGCUUGGUGAGGUGGGCCCAACGGUGGAGGAGGAUCGGGCUAGGGAGGGCGAAUCUGGGGAUGAGGGUGAACGUUGUUUUGGUGGGCCGAGUGUUGGGGAUGAUAAACCGGCCCAAAUUGCGGCGACUAGAUUUAAGGAGUGUAGUGGCUCGAGUAGAGGUGGUAAGUUUGUUCGGGUGGUGAGUGAUUUGGGUGGACGUGAUCGGGCGAAUGUGGAUCUUGGAUAUGUGCGUAAGCCGAUGAUAAAAAGAUCGGUCUCGGUAGAUUUAUCGCCGGUUUGA